AUGAGUGCAUCAGACAAGGAGACCCGGGGCACAGCGCCCGCGGCCCCCGGAAGACUCAUUGAUGCGUUAUCGGAGGCCCUGUCGCGCCGGGAAACCAGAUCUGCGCGCCGCCGGUUGACCAUCCUCCCCCAAGAGACGGUGGAUUUCUCGUCCAAUGAUUUUCUCUCGCUGGCCACGUCUCCGGCCUAUCGGACUCGCUUCUUGGGUCAUCUCAACAGCGUCCCAGAAGGGUUUCCAUUUGCCAGUGGCGGGUCACGACUAUUGGAUGGGAACUCUGCCUACGCCGAAGAUCUAGAACGCUUCGUGGCCGACUUUCACCGCGCGCCCACAGCGCUGUUGUUUAACUCGGGGUUUGAUGCAAACGUCGGAGUGUUGUCGAGUAUCCCCCAACCGGGGGAUCUUCUUCUCUACGAUGAACUCAUUCACGCCAGUGUCCACGAGGGGAUGCGGUUGUCGCGAGCAGGAAAGCGGGUGAUGUUUGCACACAGCUCCCCGCAAGGCCUGCGGGGCGCAUUGGAGGCGCAGAUCAAGGAGGACCCCAAGGUGCACCAGGGGGCCAAGAAUGUCUUCGUGGUCAUAGAGUCCAUCUACAGCAUGGAUGGCGAUGUGGCGCCAAUCAAGGAAUUCAUUGAAGUGGUGGACGAGCUGCUGCCCCAACAAAACGGAUACUUUAUUGUCGAUGAGGCACACGCGACGGGCGUGUUUGGACCCCGUGGAGCUGGCGUCGUGCAAGAACUCGGGGUCCAAGAUCGCAUAUUUAUUCGGGUGCAUACAUUUGGCAAGGCCCUGGCCAGCCAUGGGGCAAUGGUCCUUUGCGGACCGGAAACGAGAGACUACCUGAUCAACUACGCCCGGAGCUUGAUCUACACCACCGCUCUUGGCUUUCCGUUCCUGGCCUCGAUUCGAACAGCCUACGAGCUUUUGUCAGCCGGCGAAACACAACCUUUACAAGGCCAGCUCCAGCGAUUGAUUCGGCAUCUGCACGGCCGUCUUGCCACUCUGCGGACAAGUCCGUCAGUUCUGUUCGAGGUGGACCAUUUCCCCACAUCUCCCAUCUUCUCACUACGAACAUCGCAACCACGCCAGCUGGCAAGCGCAUGCCAGCAAGACGGGUAUAUUGUCCGCGCGAUUAUGCCACCCACAAUCCCCGAAGGAAAGGAACGGGUUCGGGUUUGCCUGCAUGCCGGAAACACAGAGCAGGAGAUUGAUGGCCUGAUACAAUCAAUUCAGUCAUGGCUUGAUUUGUCCGGAAAACAAAUGACCAAGCUAUGA